AAACAAGAACAACAGUGAAAAUAGAUCACACAAGAAGACGAAGCUACUCUAUGUGUACAAAAGUUUCGCGUGCUCCCGUUCGACUUCGGGAUCUUGCAAUUAGACUUUUCGUUUAGUCAUAUCGGAAUCUCUGAAUUUGCAGGUCGGAUUAAGUGCUUUUGUUAAGGACGUGGCUGAAGCUUUGAUGUACAUGCUGAUCCGAGAUCAGAUUACAGCUUUUGAUCUGAGCUUUGACUGUUGUGCUUGACUCGGGACGAGUUCAGACCUCAGCGGUGAGGGCAGUGGAGCACAUCCGAAAGAACUUUUCAUAUAAAACGGGAAUCUACGAAGCAAGUCUGUCAUUGUAGUGUACGUGGGAAAGACCUUUGAAAAUGCCCCGGUCACCGAUUCUCUCCUUAUUUCCUCUUCAGAGCACACUUGUGCUUCUAUUGUGCAUUAUGUUUGCAGUAAGGUCAGAGGAGAGAAGAGAUUGCAGGGAACAGGAAUACAAGGAUAACUUUGGGAACUGUAUUCCCUGCCGGCAGUGUGACGCAGGACAGGAGCUCUCAAAGGAAUGUGGCUUUGGCUAUGGAGAGGAUGCCCAGUGUGUGCCCUGUCGAGCCAGUCGCUUCAAAGAGGACCGCAGCCUGCAGAAAUGCAAGCCCUGUCUGGACUGUUCCCUCCUCAACCGCUUCCAGAAGGGCAACUGUUCCACCACAAACAACGCCAUAUGCGGAGACUGCCUGCCUGGAUUUUACAGAAAGACAAAGUUAAGUGGAUUCCAGGAUAUGGAGUGUAUACCUUGUGGAGAUCCACCACCACCUUAUGAGCCGCACUGUAUCAGGCGAGUGAAUCUGGUUCCUCUGCAGUCAACAGUGGCCAGCCCCAGGGACAUGGCACUUGCUGCAGUAAUCUGCAGUGCUCUGGCUACUGUCCUCCUGGCCCUCUUCAUCCUCUGUGUGAUCUACUGUAAAAGACAGCUACUGGAGAAAAAAACUGUUUCCUUGCAGUCUCACGAAGGUCCUUAUGUGGGGUCUGAGUUGUCUUGUCUGGAUCGUAGAGUGCUCAAGUUCUCCCAGCGGCCAUGUUGUCACUGCCGUCAGGCUUCAGGACAUACCUGCGGUCCUGCACACCUGAUCCCAUCUCUAUGCUGUGAUGACACCUGGAGCCAGGGCCACGGUCGGGAGAGUCAUCCCUUUCACUCUCAGAGCAGUCUCAAUGAAAGGCUAGUGAAUCCAUCUCUGGGAACCAGUCAAGCAGAUCUGUGCUAUGCACCAGAACCUCUCUUAGAAGAUGUCCCUCUCUCUGAGGCAUGGCCACUCGUACAGAGCACCAGAACCACAGAUUAUGUCCACUGUAGCUCAGAUUCCACACAGAGAUGUUCCUCCUGUGAAGACGAUGAGGAACAUGACCUGCAAAGCUCAGGCCUGGUCUCAGCUGAGCUUGAGGAUGGGACAAACAGUCGGCUUCUAUCGCAGCAACAGCUGUCUAUAAUUGAAGGAUGACCUACUCUUAUCUCACCUGCUGUUGGUCUUUGAAAGCCACUCUGGAGGUAAAAAGAGAAAAGGAAGAUCCCCACUCAGAUAUCAUUAGGCCACACACACUGAAAACGAGUGUUUUGUCAUCUUUCUCCAGCAGUCUGUGAGAGCUCACCAACAGCAGUCUACAGAGACUUUAUUAAUAAGUGUCAACAAAACCACACAAGACAAAACAACUCUUGAGAAGCUGAGGGAAGCUUUUUGGAAGCCUUUUGUAAAGAAAGCAUUACAACUAGCCUCUAGUUAUACAGUUUAUCCCUGCACUGACUACCUAUUCAGGUGGGUUGAAGUUAAUGUUACACUGCAGGUAUUAGUUGCAGUUGUGACCUCAAUUGUUUGGAUUGUUCUUACUACAUUCCAUGUAGAUCAAACUGUUCAUGGUAAAGACUGUGUGCGAUCUCCAGUGUGCUGAAUUGUAGAUAUUGUAUUAUAGUAAAUAGAAGGACAAUAUUUUUAUAAUGCCUUCACUCUUGCUUUUGGUAAUGAUGUUUGGUAAUCCUUACAAAUUUUGUUGUUCAUCAAAUUUGUAAAUAAAACUUUACAAACUUU